AUGCUAACGAAUUGGAUUACCUCAUAUGGUAAAACUGCAACUUUCAUCGAUCCAAGCAAUAUGUCCAGUAGACUUUGGUCUCAACUUGUUCGCACGCUGAUGAUCCUCGUUCUGUACCAUGUGAUCUGUAUCAGUGGGAACUUGGUUCAAAGGUCACCCGCCGUGUUGGAUGCUAGCAGUCGGAGCUCGGCGUCUUAUUACGCCGAGAUGUGGUAUCGCACGUGGCAGUUUCCGCUUAUAAUCGGCGUCAAAUGGAUUGCAAUUUUGGCGUUUCUUUUCUUCAGCUUUGGUACAACUGCAAUUCAAGGACUGGGAUAUCAUCGGUCCGAGCCGGAAAGUCAACAGCCACUUGUGAUCGAUGGCAACGUUGAAAGCUACGGGAAUCCUUGGUUUCAAUCGUGGGGGAAAUAGUUUGUAAACAUAUGGAACGAUUUCAAGACUGGUUGUACCAAUACCCUCC